AUGUCUUAUGGGAAAAGUCGUAUUGCAAGUGGUUUUGGCGGGGCGUUGUUUGUCUACCUGAACAGACUGAUAGUCCAGUUCAUCAGGAAACAGAAGACCAUCAACAAGUUCCUCAUGAAGAAGCGUCUGCUGUACCCAGCCCUGGUCACUCUGCUGGUGUCUACGCUAACCUUUCCCCCCGGCUUCGGACAGUUCAUGGCAGGCAAGCUGACCCAGAAGGAGUCCCUGGUGACGUUGCUAGACAACCGGACAUGGGCCAAGCAGGGCAUUGCUGAGGAGUUUGACUACAUCGGCAACUCCCAGGCCUGGAAUCACCCCCAGGUCAACGUCUUCGUCACCCUCGUCCUCUUCAUCGUAAUGAAGUCUGAAGUAAUGUCCUUCCCAUUGACAUGA